AUGGGCCUGGUGGCCUUGUGCUUUGCUGAGCUUCGUGCUGGCUGCUGGGAGUCCCUGGAGGAGCAGAGCGGUGACAUGCCCACCCCCGAGAGGAGCUCCGGGGAGCCCGGGCAGGAAGAUCCCAACAGUCUGCGCCAUAAAUACAACUUCAUCGCCGACGUGGUGGAGAAGAUCGCCCCUGCCGUGGUCCACAUCGAGCUGUUCCGCAAGCUCCCUUUUUCUAAGAGGGAGGUGCCGGUGGCCAGCGGGUCUGGGUUUAUCGUGUCCGAAGACGGACUGAUUGUGACCAACGCCCACGUGGUGACCAACAAGCACCGGGUCAAAGUCGAGCUCAAGAAUGGCGCCACCUACGAAGCCAAAAUCAAAGACGUAGACGAGAAGGCAGACAUCGCCCUCAUCAAGAUCGACCAUGAGGGGAAGCUGCCGGUGCUGCUGCUCGGCCGCUCCUCGGAGCUGCGGCCGGGGGAGUUCGUGGUCGCCAUCGGAAGCCCCUUCUCCCUUCAGAACACCGUCACCACCGGCAUCGUCAGCACCACCCAGCGUGGCGGCAAGGAGCUGGGGCUCCGGAACUCGGACAUGGACUACAUCCAGACAGACGCCAUCAUCAACUACGGGAACUCGGGAGGCCCGCUAGUGAACCUGGACGGGGAAGUGAUUGGAAUUAACACCCUGAAAGUGACAGCCGGGAUCUCCUUUGCCAUCCCAUCUGAUAAGAUUAAAAAGUUCCUAACCGAGUCCCAUGACCGACAGGCCAAAGGCAAAGCCAUCACCAAGAAGAAGUAUAUCGGCAUCCGAAUGAUGUCGCUCACAUCCAGCAAAGCCAAGGAGCUGAAGGACCGGCACCGAGACUUCCCGGACGUGCUAUCAGGAGCGUACAUCAUCGAAGUCAUUCCCGACACCCCCGCGGAAGCUGGGGGGCUCCAGGAGAAUGACAUCAUCAUCAGCAUCAACGGGCAGUCGGUGGUCUCCGCCAGCGACGUCAGCGACGUCAUCAAGAAGGAGAACACCCUGAACAUGGUCGUCCGCAGGGGCAACGAAGACGUCAUGGUCACCGUGGUUCCCGAGGAGGUCGACCCGUAGGCGGAGCGUGAGCUGGGCUCCUGUUUCCCUCAGAGACUCCUCAGUGACUCUGCGUGGUGUCCUGGGCUGGUGGCACGGGACGCCGGGACUUCCGGCCGCCGGGCUGCCGGUUCAGCAGAAGCACCCGGCCAACAGGUUCCUCCUUCGUAGUUUGCAGGCAAAACCAGUGUAACUCGUAGAGACUCGCC